AUGGGAAGGUUGGCUGGCCUCAGUGGACCUUGUCCCUACCCAGAGGACAGGGUUGUUGAUUCAACUAUGGAAGCAGCUGCAGCAGAUCUUCAGGACACAGCUUCAUUAACUCUGAAGUUUGAGUUUAACCCAAAGCUGGGCAUUGAUAAUCCUGUCCUGUCCCUGGCCGAAGAUCACAACCCUUCUGAUUUCUGGAUCCUGGAGCGGCCUCGCUUCUGUCUGCUGAGUAAAGAAGAGGGCAGGAGUUUUGGCUUCAAUCUACAGCAGGAGCUGGGCAAGGCCAGUCAUGUGGUGUGCAGGGUGGAGCCAGGAUCCUCUGCCCAGCAGCAGGGUCUACAGGAAGGAGACCGGAUCCUGGCAGUGAACAACCAUGUUGUGGAACAUGAAGAUGCUGAGGUGGUGGUACUCCGCAUCCAGGCCAGUGGUCCUCGAGUGCUGCUGACAGUUUUGGCACAGCACGUGUAUGAUGUGGCUCGAGCUCAGUAUGGCAAUGAUGUCCUCCUCUGUCCUACUCUCAGCCCAGGGGUCCGGCCCCGUCUGUGCCACAUAGUGAAAGAUGAGGGUGGUUUUGGCUUUAGUGUCACCCACGAACUUCAGGGUUCUUUCAGGUUGGUACUGAGUACUGGAGGAGCAGCUGAGCGGGCAGGGGUGCCCCCUGGGGCCCGACUAUUAGAAGUGAAUGGGGUCAGUGUGGAGAAGUUCACUCAUAACCAACUCAGCAGAAAGCUUUGGCAGAGUGGAGAGCAGGUCACCCUUCUGGUAGCAGGACCAGAUGUGGAGGAACAGUGUCGCCAGCUGGGAAUGCCUCUGGCUGCACCCCUGGCAGAGGCCUGGGCACUGCCUGUCAAGCCCCGCUGUUUGCACCUAGAGAAAGGGCCCCAGGGCUUCGGGUUCCUGCUCAGGGAGGAGAAGGGUCUUGGUGGUCACCUCGGGCAGUUCCUUUGGGAGGUGGACCCAGGACUGCCAGCUGAGAGGGCCGGGAUGCAAGAUGGGGACCGGCUGGUGGCUGUGGCUGGGGAGAGCGUGGAAGGGCUGGGCCAUGAGGAGACAGUGUACAGGAUCCGGGCGCAGGGUUCCCGUGUCUCCCUCAUUGUUGUUGACCCGGAGGCUGACCACUUCUUCAGCAUGGUUCGCUUGUCUCCACUCCUCUUCCUGGACAGCACAGAAGCUCCUGCCUCUGCCCAGGACACCUGCUCAGCCUCUCUGGUUGAGACCAAGGAUUCACCAGCUGAAGACACAGCUGUGUCUUCUGUCCCAUGUGGGUCCCACCAGUGCUUCUUGUACCCUGGGCCUGGUGGUGGCUAUGGCUUGCGACUCAGCUAUGUGGCCAGUGGGCCUUGUCUUUUUAUCUCCCAGGUGAUUCAAGGAGGCUCAGCUGCCCAGGCAGGACUGCAAAGGGGAGAUGUGAUUCUGGAGGUGAACGGCAAUUCUGUGGAUGGAUUGAAUGACCUGGAAAUGCUUCAGCAGCUGACUGAAGCUGAGCCACCUCUGUGCCUGAAACUGGUGACCAGGUUUCCAUAGGGCUUGGAAGCAUGGAUUCCCCCAGGGUCUGUAGAGGAAUGGGCUGUAGCCUCAGAUCUGUUGUAGUGCCCUUCUCCUUGGCACAGACCUACCCAGUAGUUUUCCUGUCUUCAUUUUCCAGCUGGAGGUAGUAGGAGCUGAGCUGCUUUCUUUACGCCAAAAACUGGAUCUCCAGGGCUCUGGACAAUCACAGGCUUACCCAGAGUCUCCCUUCCCCCCAUGGGGCCCAUCUUCCUGAAGAGGAUGUGGUCAGAGGCCUCAGGCUGGUCCACUAGGAAUCCUGCCCUCUAACACCAGAGGAACACAUGUGGGAGCUUUGGAAGCUAUGCCCCAAGGAUGAAGUUCUGCCUAAGAUUAGUGGUGUGAUUUUGUGAUUUAUAAUAAGAAAUAUAUAUUUGGUCUUCAUACUCAUUCCUGGCACAGAGCUCUUAUAACCCUUGGAAUUUCUUAAGUAAUAAGAGCAAUAAAAGGUGGGGAAGUGGGGGAGGAUGGUUGCCAGGGGAACCAACCUGUGUUUCAGGAUUGAAACUUUUAGCCCUACCCCCACUUCCACCCCACACUGGCUUCCUGGGUGGGGAGAGGGGCUGAAACUUUAAUUAACCACCAAUGGUUUAAUCAAUCAUGCUUAUGUAAUGAAGCCUCUAAAAAAAUAAAAAAAGCCAAGACUCAGAGGGCUUCCUUCCAGGUUACUGAACAUGUGGAGAGGGCAGGAGCUACCAUGCUCAUACCCUGCCCUAGGCAUCUCUUGCCUUUGACUGUUCCUGAAUUAUAUCCUUUAUAAUAAACUGGUAAUUAAGUAA